GAGCUAGGACGCACUGUUCACUAUCAGCUGGAGAUCAAGGCGGCGACCUUCAAUGCUCAGAGGGCGGUACUCACCGACACGAGUGGUGAUGUUCGAGUAUUGCACGCAGACACCAGACUGCUCAUCACGAAGAUCAGGAUCUUUGGGCAGGACGAAGUCAUUUACGUUGCCCAUGCGCCCAACAUCGGACAUGACACGCUCGACUACACACAUUGGUGGGAGCAGCUCCAUCGGUUUUGUCAACAGUGGCCCCCAUCCCUCAUCCUUGGCGACAUGAACGCCAAGCUUGGAAGCCUGCACCACCUCAACGGCGUGGAGGACAGCACGGUCGUUUCUUCCACCCUAGAUACUGCGCACCUGAUCAAGACGAUG